AUGACUUUACCGCCAGAAUGCAUAAAUUUAAUUCUAAUCCAUUUGAAAGUCGAUGUAAAGACUUUACAUUCUUGCCUUCUCGUUAAUCGUCUUUGGUGUAGUGAAACCGUGAGAAUCCUAUGGCAUCAACCAUUCAGGCAUCUAUAUACUAGUGAUUGUCAGGUGGAGAAAAGAAUAUUGCGGGCCGAAAAUUUAAUCCUUACAUAUUUAUCAUGUAUACUUUACCAAUAUAAUGAGGAAUUGGUGAAAAACUCUGCCAUUCCAAAACCUGUGAAAAAACCUCUAUUUAACUAUAUUCAAUUCUUGAAGAACUUGGAUUUACUCGAUUUCUUUGCCGUCAUUCAAGAUUGCACUGAACCUAGACAUACUCUUACACUCGAAGUUUAUAGGCCUGCUAUAUCUUAUAUUCUACUAGAUAAUCUAUUAUCUAAACCCGUCGGAACUUUAGUAAAUGGGCAUAUUUACACAGACCUAUUAAAUAUCAUGAGCAAAUUAAUCACGGACUAUUCAACAGGACUUUAUAGAUUAUUGUUAGACGUCGAGGGUGGUGAAGGAAAGAAGGAUGUGUUUAGAAAGAUUUGGACUAUUGGCUCAAGUGAAUAUCAGUACCUUAUGAAAAUUAUUAACUCAAAAGGUCAUUUGUCUCAACUUACCGAACUCAUUAUGCCAACAAGAGUCUUUAAUAAAACGGAAAUAUUAUUGGCAUUAAUUCCAGUUUCGAGGAACCUGAAGAAAAUAGUAGUAAGAGUGGAUUACGAAAUUAAUGUUGGGUGUUUUCGAAACAGAGAGCGUGAUAGAUAUAUUGCUGAGCAGGAAGCAAAGGCUCUGGUCGAUUUGAUCACGGCACAAGAAAGUUUGGAGCAUCUUGGAUUGCACAGUUGUGUCGAAGGUUUAAAUUAUUUGUUAACUUCGAUUAAGAGUCAAGCCAACACUUUAAAGUAUUUAUCAUUUGUAAAAGUUCAUUUUUACGGUUUUGAAACGUUCAAACACAUAGCUCCUUUGAGAAAUCUAGAGCAGAUUCAAUUUAAUCAUUGUACAUUUGGACUAAAAGAUGCAUCAAGUCCUUAUCGUUUCGAGAAUAAUUUUCCAAAACUAGUGAAGCUUGAAAUACAAGGGUCUACAAAUGCAGAUUAUGCGGUCGAAAUUUUGAGGUCAGCCGCCUGUGGUUCUCUCAACGUUGAGUGUGAACCUCGUAACUCGAUAUUUGAUUUAGAAUAUUGGUUUUUUAUUUAUGAACAAAAACUAGUUUAUGUGUCCGAAGUCAUGAAAUUACCAAUAUUUGAGAUAUAA